UCCUUGUGUUCACAAACAACAUCACACCCCUUUUCUCUCUCUCUCUCCCACUUACACUAGAAAGGAAUAAGAGGCCAAACACCCUCUUUUCCUAUUGUUUGUUCCUACAUACCUCAAGUGUUGUCAUUAGCAUAUUUUCAUCCUAAACAAUAGUUCUUGUUGCUAUAUAUUCGUUAUCCUUAAUUAACCACAUACGUGAAAUUUAAAGAUGCCAUCACAAGCAGAGCUAAGCAUGAUGGAUUACAAGCCCUACAGCUACUCCACACUGCUGAAAUCAUUUUUAGAUCAAACUGAAACUGAUCAGACCUACAAGCUUGAAGAGUUCCUCUCUCGCUUAGAGGAAGAACGUGUCAAGAUUGAUGCCUUCAAGCGCGAGCUUCCUCUCUGCAUGCAACUCCUCACCAACGCUGUGGAGGCUUCAAGGCAGCAACUACAAGCCUUCAGAUCAAACCAAGGAACGAGGCCAGUUCUGGAAGAAUUCAUGCCAAUAUUAAAGCAUCCAAACUCUCAAGAAAGCGCUGAAAAAACAUCAAACAUAUCUGACAAGGCGAAUUGGAUGACAUCAGCUCAACUAUGGAGCCAAGCAAGUGAAGGAACCAAACCACAAUCCACAAUUACAUCAUUACCUAAAGAAGGUGCUGAUAUUGGCUUUAGCGUGAGCCCGAAGCUAGCCCUAGACAACAAACAUAGGAAUGGGGGAGCCUUUUUACCAUUCUCAAAAGAACGAAACUCGUGUCAAGGAUUAAGGGGUCUUCCUGAGUUGGCCCUUGCAUCUCCUGAGAAAGAAAUUGAGGAAAAUAAGUGUGAAUUAGAGGCAGAGAAAUGUUCGAAAAGGGAGAAUCCAGGCAAAGGAGGGAGUUGUGAAGGGGUUAAUGUUGAUCAGGGAAAAAGUGCUUCAGUUGCAUCUGAGGCACAAACAGCAAAUACUACCACCACCACAACUAACACUAGUGGCCAAACUCAUAGGAAAGCAAGAAGGUGUUGGUCACCGGAUUUGCACCGUCGAUUUGUUAAUGCUCUUCAGAUGCUUGGUGGAUCUCAAGUGGCCACCCCAAAACAGAUUAGGGAGCUGAUGAAGGUUGACGGUUUGACCAAUGAUGAAGUUAAAAGCCAUCUCCAGAAAUAUAGGCUUCACACUAGAAGACCCAGUCCGAGCCUACAUACCGGAGGACCAACACCCCAGCUUGUAGUCCUUGGAGGAAUUUGGGUGCCACCGGAAUAUGCCACAACUACAGCAGCCAUGACAAAUUCCGGUGACCCCACACUCUAUGGCCCACAUCCUACCUCACAAGUGGCACCACCACACUACUGUGCAGCCACCCAAAUGCCCCAAGAAUUCUAUAACUCAGCGUUGCCGUUAUCGUUGCUGCCACCACCACAUGACUACACCCUUCAUCAUCAUCAUUUUCACAUGUACAAGACAGCAGCACAGACACAAAACUCUCCGGAGUCCGAUAUUCGGAGCAGUGGCGACCGGUCAGAGAGCAUUGUGGAUGGGAAGUCGGAGAGUGGUAAAUGGAAUGGAGAGAGUGGAGAGAAGAAAGGGUUGGCAGCACUAAGAGAUCAAGAAGGGGAAGAGAGCACUGGAAGUGAGAUUACUCUUAAAUUCUAGGGCUUAUGUGGUUACUAUGAGAAUCAAUUUUAGAACUUGCUAGGAUUUUUUAUUUUGAUUAUUUUUAACCUUGCAUGAUAGCAUGCAUCCCAUGUUCAAUUAGUCAUUUAACACGAGUGGGAGGAAGUAACAACCAAUUAAGGAGAAGAUAUCCUCAUAAAUUUAAACUUUUCAUAGAAAUAUCUGUUUGUAUUGUAAACAAGGGAUUGGUGAAGGUAAGGGCAUAAAGUGUGCGUCUGUUUUGUUUCGCUUUGUGUGAAUACGUGAUGUUAACAACAUAAUAUGAGAGGAAGAAUUCGAUUAUAUAUAUAUAUAUAGUUCUUGGAA